CUGCUCCACAACUGAUUUUUCCUCCAUAAAUCUGGCGUCAUCUAGAUCUUUGUGACCAUGCACAUCAAAGGAAAAGUUGCCAUAAUUACCGGCGGUGCAGGUGCUCUUGGACAAGCAAUGGCCAGAGCUUUGUUGGAGAAAGAAGCCAAGGUGUGUAUCUUUGACAUCCAUGCUGACAGAGGUGCUGAGAUAGAGUCUUCACUACAGAGUCAGUUCGGAGGAGACAAAGUGUCUUUCUCGCUGUGCGAUGUAACUGACGAAAAGGGUUUUAAAGAGACCUUCGACGGCGUCGUGACACGUUAUGGACAGGUGGACAUCAUGAUCAAUAAUGCAGCCGUCAUCAAUGAGAAGAUAGACAUUGACAAGAUGCUGAUGGUUAACCUGGGUGGCACCAUCAGAGGUUCGAACCUCGCCAUCAAGCACAUGAGGAAGGAUGAAGGUGGGGAAGGUGGUGUGGUCGUCAACGUCUCCUCCAUUACAGCAAUAGAGUCUUUCCACACUAUCCCAGCAUAUACAGCCACAAAGUCCGGGGUAGUUGGAUUCACAAGAUCCUGGGCAGCAAAUCCCUAUCUGAAAGAAAUGGACUUGAGAUUCUGCUUGGUGUGCCCCACAGCAUUCGCAUCGUUUAUAUUCCCUGAUCCAAUGACACAAGCGUUGUAUGUUGAGGACGUGAAGAAGUUUUGGGAAAAACAUGGCAGCGAAGAUCCAAAAGACAUAGCUGCUUCAGUGAUAGAUCUGCUGGAGGAUGAUGACAGUAACGGCACCAUAAUUCACACGCGUUCCAAAGGACAGAAUCGCAGAGUGAAGAUAGAGGCGACUGAUGAACCAACUUAAGGAGUCACUCUCAAAGACACUGCCAAACAGUUGGUAAUUAGAGAGCUUCUGACAUCGAUUGGCGUGAAAUUCUGCACAACAGGUUAUUUUUUUUCUUUUGUGAAAACGUUAUGCUGUGAACAAGUAUAAUAUCAGGUCAAACACAUAUUCUACAGCAGGCAUAAUUUGUAAGGUCUUCUAAAUGUCGAAGUCAAUUUAUCCUUGACUUCAUCUGUACAUUCAUGACGUACAGCAAUCCUAAAUAUAAAAUCAUUUAUAAAAAAAGUAUUCUAAAUGUCGAAAUCAAUUUAUACUUGACUUCAUUUGUACAUUGAUGUUGUAUAGAAGUUAUAAAAUGUUAUCUUUCCAGGCAUAUGUUAAUUUUGCAUGAAUCUUUGCAUAAUAAAAAUCACACAUUUCAUCGA